CAAAGUUCAUCCUUGAUGAAAUCCUGCUCCAGUGCGUUCAGGACCUCAGACUGGGGCAACAAGACAACAAUCCUAACAGAGCCGUCCUGUAGGAGUCUCUGAAUGUCCUUGAGUAGCCCAGCCAGAGCCAGAGCCCGAACCUGAUCGAACCUGAUCGGACAGAGCUUGAGAGGAUCUGCAGAGAAGAAUGGGAGAAACUCCCCAAAUAUAGGGGAGCUUGUAGUGUCAUACGACUGGCGACUGUAAUUGAGGUGCUUCAACAAUGUACUGAGUAAAUUUGCAACAAUUUCAAAAAAUCUGAUUUUGGGUGUCCCUUGAGGGAAAAAAACGAUUUAAUUAAUUUUAGAAUAAUGCUGUAACGUGGAAAAAGUCAAGGUCUGGAUACUUUCAGAAUGCACUGUUAGAAGGAAAGUAUUGUUGGCCUACUUAGUAUGACAUACAAUAUAUUGAUUUGCAUGCAACAAUCAAAUGAAUGAAUCAAUAGUAAGUAAAUAUUCAUUAUAUUAAUAUAGUCAAGUAAGUAAAUAUUGUGCUAUAUCAAUGACCCCAAAGGUAUUGUUGACAAGAUUAUCACGUGUGAUGUGAGUUCAGAUCAUGUUGCUGUUGUUAUUUACUUUCCAGAUGAAGACCUGUUGCUCUCUAAACUGCCAUUUAAUAUACACAAAAAUGAUGAGAGCAGGAGAGCCAUACAGUAAACAGUACACUAGAUGGCAGCAAAGCGACCACUAAGACCCGACAGGAAUGAUGAGAAAUGAAUAUCUACACUGUAGGCUACUGCACUGUACUAUCAGAAAUAGUGGAGUCCUACAGCCCCAAUAUAGGAAAAUACAAUUGUAUAUCUUAAUUGUUAUUCCUAUGUCAAAAACUCAUGGGCUAUUUGUAGAGACAUGAUAGCCGUGGUAUAAUGGCCAUAUACCACACCCCCUUGGGCCAUAUUGCUUAAUUAUAACCUGAUUAUUAACACUUCAAACCAAAGCCUAGGCGACUCCAAAACAACCCUUCAGGUCUCAGCCAAGGUUACUCAUCACACAAGUGUGGUCAGUCACACCAACACCUAUAGAAGGCGUCUCCACGGACCUGUUCAGGUGGAUGUAAUAACAUAGAAUGUUCAGGUAGAAAUGUAUUGUGGGUUGUAUUGUGGGUUGAAGACAGGUGGGUUAUGAUGAGGACUGGAGGUGGUGGCAGUACUGUAAGGACCCCACACGGGCUGUAUUAAUGUGCCCAGUGGGAUGCCUGUGGCCAUGACAUCCCCCAUCUCCUUCGGAAAUGUUAAUGAGGGCCGGAGGUGACAUGAAGAAAUGAGUAAUCAGAACAAACAGUGCAUCUCCCAUGGUGCCAAGGGGCAACGCCGUCAGGAAAGGUUAGACUUCCUUCGUUCAGUGAGGUAUCCGUCUUUGCUACCAGCUAUUGCUAAUAAUGUUUCCUACAGUGGGGUUUUAUGAAAUUGAAUUUCCCAUUCAUCCUCAAAGAAGUCAACAAAAUCAAUUCUGACGUACCACUCCAACCAGGCCAACUGUUGACAGUUGAAAUCAUGAAUAACAUGGCCCAGUAGAGUAGAAUAGUGUAAAGUCUGGGACAUUUGAGUUGUCAAACCAGUAGUUCACAGCAGCUCACACUUUAACCACAAACAAAAACAAAUAUAGAAAUAAAUAAUGUCCCACAUUUAGGGCUCUAUUCAGUCUUUAAAGCUGAAGCGUUACAGAUUCCGCUGUAAUUUACGAUUGAGCCGACGUGCAGCAUUCUCUGUGAAGCCAGUCUCUGCUUCAAGAGGGAACAUUGCCUUUUUAACUUGAAUCACGCAGUAAGGCUAAACUUCCGCGAUGCGGAUUGAACAGAGUCGCCAGGCUGCGUUUACACAAGCAGCCCAAUUCUGAUCUUUUUUUCGGUUAAUUGCUCUUUUGUCCAAUUAGAUCUGAAAAACACCUGAUGUGAAAAAAUGAUGUGAUUGGUCAAAAUACCAAUUAGUGGAAAAAAUAUCUGAAUUGGUCAGUCUGUGUAAACGCAGCCUCAAUACGCACUUACAUCUUUGCCCUUUGGCUGAUAAAUUAAUGCUUACUUCUUCUGGGUACAUGAUGGGGGUUGGGAGAAGAAGAUGGAGAUUAGGGGGGGGACAGUGGGCAAACCUUCCAAUUAACAUUUGAGUCACUCCAUAUCAUUAGCAGCUCUGUGUGGCGCAUUAGGACCACACAUCGUGCCGGAGACGCACCAGGGCUGGUGGGGCUAAUCUCAACUGACGCAACACCCCUGGGCCUGGCUGAGACAGACGUCACCCUCCGUCAACACUAGACUGUGAAUGAGUCCCAAAUGGCACCCUAUUCUACUCCCAAAAGAGUGCUAUUUCAGACGGGUCCUGGUCAAAAGUAGUGCACUAUACAGGGAAUAGGAUGCCAUUUCAGAGCACACUAUCAUCAUCACUGGGCUCGGGGUUUGUUUAGAUCUGAAAUGCCGCUUGUAAUGUUGUUGUUUGCCAUGCCCACUUCACACUUGUCAAUUCCAUGUCACAACUUUGCAGAUAUUGGAUGUUGGACAGAUGUAUAAUAUUGUUUUGUUCUUGUGACUGUGUCAAACCUCUGUGACCUUCUUUACUUCUUCCCUACAGCUAGUGACCCCCAUGACACGCGCACACACACACGCACACGUCCUCAUCAACCAAUCACAUCCCUGUAUUGGUACGAGGAAGAGCCAAGGAUGAAGAAACCUAUAUAUUGGUGGCGCCACUAUUACGUGACACUUCGACAGGGCUGUGUUUUGUGUGUGGACCAACGUCCACAUUCCUUCUUUGACAUCCAGCCGUUGUUUUGUUUUCCAAUAGGAUAGUUAUUGUUGAACAUCCAGUCAACAUCCAGAUUAUCGCUGCUGAAUACAACAUUGAAGGAUACAUUCGUUAUACAGUUUAACCAAUAGGAAAGGUACAGACAGGGGAGAUGCUGUGUUCCCAGCUGCAGGUGUUACUGGUGGCUCUAUCUGCCUCAGUGUUCCUGGCGAGGGUCAGCGCCGCUCCACACAGAGACAUGCUAGCUGAACUACUGAGAGCAGAUUCAACCAAGGGCAACGAGGAUCUCUCCCGCACCCUCCUGCUGAAGAUGAUGUCGGACCUGAUGAGCACAGCCGUGGGGGAGAACGAGGUCCUACCGGACCUGGAGGAGGCACUCGGGGUGAGGGAGGAGGUGGUGCGCCAGCUACCCCUCUCCCAUCGGGAACGCAAGGCUGGAUGCCGGAACUUCUUUUGGAAGACAUUCACAUCGUGUUAACUUGCCAAGCAGCCUCUUCUUUGUGCUGGAUCAUUUGAAGACAUAUUUCUUGCAAUGUCACAAAUGUAAAAUGACAGCUACUUUUCCUUUUGCACUGUUCAUGAUCAAUUAAAAGGUCUAGAAUGAUGUUGGCAAGUACCGGAUAUGUCUUUUUCAAGGGUUGGUUGUCUAGCAACAAAAGCAACCCGUGCACAACUAUGGGGCAAGCUUAGAAUGUUGACAUGUAAGCUAUAUUUCGCCUUUACUGAAAACAAAUACAUUUGUAUAAUGAGUACUUGUCUCUUAAAUACAAUCAGUACAGUUGUUGGUUCGCUAGCUAGCGCAAUAUUGGCAUGAAAUCAGUCAAGACAUGGUAUCAAACACAAGCCACAUGGCAGGUUCUUUACAUUCUUGCUAGCAGCCAUCCAUAUUCACAACAACGCGCACAUCGUUUUUGUAACGUUGUCAGCUAACCCAUCUAUAACACCGAAUAGGUUUUAGGUUAGGGUCUAGUACAGGGGUAUAUGAAAAGAUGACAAGGUGUAGUUUGCUGAAAAAUAGGGAUGGUUUAUUGUAUUGAUUAUGUACUACA